AUGCGCUACUCCACAACAACAGCCCUCAUCGCCGCUACAUCCCUGGCCCUCCUCGCCUGUUCCACCACCAACAACAACUAUGCCUCAGCAGCACUGACCCCCCAAGAGCGCCUCGAAACUGAAUCCAGAGACUCCACCAACCCCAACUACUGCCCCGACUGUCUCAAAAAGGCCCUCGUCAACCAUUUCCCCCACGCCUGUCCCUCAGAUCUCCAACCCAUGGUUGCCAUCACCCGUCCCUCGGGCCCAACACCCGCCGAACGUCGUUGCAUUUGUGUUGCCUUCCUCGACCUCUUUUGGAUGAAGACCGAUUGUUCUGCCGAAUGUGCGUUUGUUCACGAUUCGGAUGCCAUGUCCCACCUGUUGUCCGCCAAGAGUAUCCCGGGCUGUGAGAAGUAUGUCGAUUUUGAGACGGGGGCCGAGUUGGAGAUUGAGGGGUUUGAGAAGAAGGAUCCGGAGUAUAAACCUGAGGUGUUCCAACAGGCGACGAGGGAGGAGGCCGUGGCUCAUGCUGCGGCACAGGAACGAGCUCAUGCUGAAGCAUUCCCCGCGGCGGAUGAUGCUGGUGCUGCUGGAGAGGUGGAGGAGGAGGAGGAAAAGAAACCCCUGGAGGAGUUGGCGUUUAAUUUUGACUUGAACAGCGAGAAUGCACCCAAGAUCACUAUCAAGAUGGACAACUUUAUCCGCAACCCGGACGGUAGCAUUCCUGACUAUGCUCUGGCUGAGAUGACUGCUGAGGCGGAAGCGAAAGCCAAGGCAGAGGCUGCCACUGCUGCUGCUGGAGAGACUGAGGCUGAGUCCGAGUCCAAGGUCAAGGAUGAGCUGUAG